AUGAGCGAUGUUUUAUGUGCAUUAUUUCCAGAUCUGAAGAAUGAGCCGACUGAAACGAUUGAUUCUCGACAUGAAAAACUUACACGACCAGAUUUCCUUGAGUUUUCUGUUGAUGAACAAGCAAAUAAUUUCAAAUCAAGUUUGAUUAAUACGUCAGAAGAAAAAUUAUCACCGGUGACAGCCAUUGAUAUGAACGAUCAGAGCCAUAAUGAGAUGGAAGAUGACAUAACUUUCACACCUAUUACAAUAGAAUCUGAUCUUGGCGGCGAUAUUGAUGUUAUGGAAGGUUCCCUUAUGUCUAUGCUUGAAAAUUUUCGAUCAGGAAAAAUGACCAUCUUAAGUGAUGAGAUCCUAAGUCAUAUGCAGCAAGCGCGAAAGGAGAUGGAGGAAUUAACUGCUUUUCAUAUUAAACUGCAUCGAUUACAAGUCCCAUCGACAAGUGCAAAUUGUGAUAUCGAUGCUCAGUACGAUACGCUUUUUCGAAGGUUGGAUAAUCUGCAUUCGUUCAUAAGAAAUAUGUCAUUUGGAAACUCUAAAAACGAAACGAAUGAAAAUAAUUCUGCAGUUUUUCACUUGGGUGAACACUGA